AUGAAGACCUCCGGCACUCUUUACACUGGCCUCUUGCUCGCCAUGGUCGCCAGCCUCGCCAUCACCGCUCCGCUGCCUGACAAGCGCCCCGACCACAUCGUAACUCUCUCAGAUCAAGCCGGCGACGUGCCAUACUACUGCGACGAAUACCCAGAAACACUCCCUUGCAGCUUGUUCUGUAAAGCCUCCAACUGGCAAUACGAGUACUGCCACCCUGAGUACUGCGAAAGCCACCCCGAGCACUGGUCUUGCAAGCCAAAGUACAUCGAAGAGGAGACGGAACCACCUGCCACGUCUGCAUUGUCUCAGUCGUAG